UUUUGCAGCGAUGAAUAUAUCACAGUUAUUAGAAAUAGCUCACCAGGUGUUUGUAAACAGGGAUGCAGUAAGCCGUAAGGAAAAUCGCAAAGAGAAUGAACGCCAGGCCCGGCGAAACGCUGACCUGUUGGCUGCAGCAAUUAGAGGGGUCCCCCUAAAGAGGCAAGGGAAGGGCGGCCCUGGGAAAGAAACUCAGCCUGGCUGUCAGAGUCUGCAGCGUAACCAGUGUGCUUAUUGUAAAGAAAUGGGACAUUGGAAGAACAAAUGCCCUCAGCUAAAAGGAAAACAAGGAGACUCAGAGCAGGAGGCCCCAGACAAGGAGGAAGGGACCCUGCUCAACCUGGCAGAAGGGUUGUUGGACUGAGGGGGACUGGGCUCAAGUGCCCCCAAAGAGCCUACGGUCAGGAUGACAGUCGGGGGUAAAGACAUUGAUUUUCUUGUAGAUACCGGUGCUGAACAUUCUGUAGUAUCCACCCCGGUCGCCCCCUUAUCCAAAAAGACUAUUGACAUAAUCGGAGCCACGGGGGUUUCAGCAAAGCAAGCUUCCUGCUUGCCCCAGACUUGUACUGUAGGAGGACAUAAAGUGAUUCAUCAGUUUUUGUACAUGCCUGACUGUCCCUUGCCCUUGCUGGGAAGGGACUUGCUUAGCAAGCUGAGAGCCACUAUCUCUUUUACAGAGCAUGGCUCUUUGCUGCUAAACUUACCUGGAACGGGAGUCAUUAUGACCCUUAUGGUCCCCGGAGAGGAGGAAUGGAGGCUUUUCUUAACUGAGCUGGUCCAAGAGAUAAGACCAAGCUAAGCGGUGGCCAAAAGUGUGAGCCGAAGACAACCCUCCAGGGUUAGCAGUCAACCAAGCCCACGUACUUAUAGAAGUUAAGCCUGGGGCCCAGCCGGUGAGGCAAAAACAGUACCCGGUCCCCAGAGAAGCUCUUGAAGGUAUCCAGGUCCAUCUCAAGCGCCUAAGAACCUUUGGAAUUAUAGUUUCUUGUCAGUCUCCAUGGAAUACUCCCCUCCUGCCGGUUCCGAAGCCAGGGACCAAGGACUACAGGCCGGUACAGGAUUUGCGCUUGGUUAAUCAAGCUACAGUGACUUUACAUCCAACGGUACCUAACCCGUACACAUUGUUGGGGUUGCUGCCAGUUGAGGACACCUGGUUCACCUGCUUGGACCUGAAAGACACUUUCUUUAGCAUCAGAUUAGCCCCUGAGAGCCAGAAGCUCUUUGCCUUUCAGUGGGAAGAUCCGGAGUCAGGUGUGUCACUACUCAGUACACUUGGACCCAGCUUCCCCAAGGGUUCAAGAACUCCCCCACCAUCUUUGGGGAGGCAUUGGCUCGAGACCUCCAGAAGUUUUCCACCAGAGACAUAGGCUGCGUGUUGCUCCAGUACGUCGAUGAACUUCUGCUGGGACACCCCACGGCAGUCGGGUGCGCCAAGGGAACGGAUGCCCUACUCCGGCACCUGGAGGACUGUGGGUAUAAAGCGUCCAAGAAAAAAGCUCAGAUCUGCCUACAGAAGGUACGUUACCUGGGAUUUACUAUCCGACAGGGGGAGCGCAGCCUGGGAUCAGAAAGAAAGCAGGUCAUUGGCAAUCUACCGGAGCCUAAGAGCAGAAGGCAGGUGAGAGAAUUCUUAGGAGCUGUGGGAUUUUGCAGACUGUGAAUCCCAAACUUUGCAAUAGUAGCCAAGCCUUUGUAUGAGGUCACAAAGAGGGGGCACCGGGAACUUUUUGAAUGGAGAUCCCAACAACAGCAAGCCUUUCAUGAGUUAAAGGAAAAACUUAUGUCAGCCCCAGCCCUGGGGCUACCUGAUCUGACAAAGCCUUUUACAUUGUAUGUGUCAGAGAGAGAAAAGAUGGCAGUUGAAGUUUUAACCCAAAAGGUGGGGCCCUGGCCGAGGCUGGUGGCUUACCUCUUGAAACAACUAGACGGGGUUUCUAAAGGAUGGCUCCCUUGUUUGAGGGCCUUGGCAGCAACUGCUCUACUAGUACAAGAAGCAGAUAAGCUGACUCUUGGGCAAAACCUGAACAUAAAGGCCCCCCAUGCUGUGGUGACUUUAAUGAACACUAAAGGAUAUCAUUGGUUAACGAAUGCUAGACUCACCAAGUACCAAAGUUUGCUCUGUGAGAAUCCCCGCAUAACUAUUGAGGUUUGUAAUACCCUGAAUCCUGCCACCUUGCUCCCGGUAUCAGAGAGCCCUGUCAAGCAUGACUGUGUAGAAGUGUUGGACUCAGUUUACUCUAGCAGACCUGACCUCCGGGACCAGCCUUGGGCAACAGUAGACUGGGAACUACACGUGGAUGGGAGCAGCUUCAUCAACCCACAAGGAGAGAGAUGUGCAGGGUAUGCAGUGGUAACCCUGGACACUGUUGUUGAAGCCAGAUCGUUGCCCCAGGGCUCUUCAGCCCAGAAAGCUGAACUCAUUGCUUUAAUUCGGGCCUUAGAACUCAGUGAAGGUAAGACUGUAAACAUUUACACUGAUUCUCGGUAUGCCUUUUUAACUCUUCAAGUGCAUAGAGCAUUAUAUAAAGAAAAGGGCCUAUUGAACUCUGGGGGGAAGGAUAUAAAAUAUCCACAAGAAACCUUACAAUUAUUAGAAGCAGUAUGGAAACCCCACAAGGUGGUAGUUAUGCAUUGCAGAGGACGCCAGCGAGCUUCCAUCUUGGUGGGUUUGGGGAAUUCCCGCGCUGACUCAGAGGCUCGAAAAGCAGCAUCUGCCCCCUUCCGGGCAUCAGUCACAGCCCCCCUGCUCCCUCAAGCACCUGAUCUUGUACCUACUUAUUCUAAAGAAGAAAAGGACUUUCUCCAGGCAGAGAGAGGACAAGAGAUGGAGGAAGGAUGGAUUCGGUUACCAGAUGGGAGAGUAGCUGUGCCACAGCUGCUAGGAGCUGCAGUUAUACUGGCUGUGCAUGAAACCACCCAUCUAGGUCAGGAGUCACUUGAAAAGUUGUUAGGUUGGUAUUUCUACAUCUCGCAUUUGUCAGCCCUUGCCAAAACGGUGACGCAGCAGUGUGUUACCUGCCAAAAGCAUAAUGCAAGACAAGGUCCAGCCGUUCCACCCGGCAUACAAGCUUAUGGAGCAGCCCCCUUUGAAGACCUCCAGGUGGACUUCACAGAGAUGCCAAAGUGUGGAGAUCUUAUUCCUAGAUUUGGACUGCCCUUACGGAUCAGCUCAGAUAACGGGCCGGCGUUUGUGGCUGACUUGGUACAGAAGACAGCAAAGGUAUUGGGGAUCACAUGGAAAUUGCAUGCUGCCUACCGGCCUCAGAGUUCAGGAAAGGUGGAGCGGAUGAAUCGGACUAUCAAAAAGAGUUUAGGGAAAGUAUGUCAGGAAACAGGAUUAAAAUGGAUACAGGCUCUCCCUAUGGUAUUAUUUAAAAUUAGAUGUACCCCUUCUAAAAGAACAGGAUAUUCCCCUUAUGAAAUAUUAUAUCAUAGGCCCCUUCCCAUAUUGUGGGGACUUCCAGGCACUCCCCGAGAGUUAGGUGAAAUUGAGUUACAGCUACAGUUACAGGCUUUAGGGAAAAUUACACAAACAAUCUCAGCCUGGGUAAAUAAGAGAUGCCCUGUUAGCUUAUUCUCCCCAGUUCACCCUUUCUCCCCAGGUGAUCAAGUGUGGAUCAAGGACUGGAAUGUAGCCUCUUUGUGCCCACGGUGGAAAGGACCCCAGACUGUUAUCUUGACCACUCCCACAGCUGUGAAGGUAGAGGGAAUCCCAGCCUGGAUCCACCACAGCCCUGUAAAACCUGCAGCGCCUGAAACCUGGGAGGCAAGACCAAGCCCGGACAACCCUUGCAGAGAGAUCCUGAAGAAGACAACAAGCCCUGCUCCAGUCACACCCGGAAGCUGACUGGUCCACGCACGGCCGAAACAUGAGGAAUCUCAUGGUGGGAUUCAUUUUUCUUAAAUUUUGGACUUAUACAGUAAGGACUUCAAUUGGCCUUACUCAAACUGGUGACUGUUCCCAGUGUAUUCAUCAGGUCACUGAGGUAGGACAACAAAUUAAAACAAUCUUUCUGUUCUAUAGUUCUUAUGAAUGUAUGGGAACGUUGAAAGAAACUUGUUUGUAUAAUGCCACUCAGUACAAGGUAUGUAGCCCGGGAAAUGACCAAUCUGAUGUGUGUUAUAACCCAUCUGAGUCCCCUGCAACCACCGUUUUUGAAAUAAGAUUAAGAACUGGCCUUUACCUAAGUGAUACAAGUAAAAUAACAACUAGAACAGAAGGAAAAAGAAUCCCCAAACAAGUAAUUUUAAGAUUUGAUGCUUGUGCAGCCAUUAAUAGUAACAAGCUAGGAACAGGAUGUCGUUCUCUUAACUGGGAAAGGAGCUACAGAGUAGAAAAUAAAUAUGUUUGUCUUGAGUCAGGGGUUUGUGAAAAUUGUGCCUUUUGGCCAUGUGUUAUUUGGGCUACUUGAAAAAAGAACAAAAAGGACCCGGUUCAUCUUCAGAAGGGGGAAGCCAGCCCCUCCUGUGCUGCUGGUCACUGUAACCCACUGGAACUAAUAAUCACCAAUCCCCUAGACCCCCAUUGGAAAAAGGGAGAACGUGUAACCCUGGGGAUCGAUGGGACAGGGUUAAACCCCCACGUUGCCAUUUUAGUCCGAGGGGAGGUCUACAGGCGCUCUCCCAAACCAGUGUUUCAAACCUUUUAUGAGGAGCUGAAUCUGCCAGCACCAGAACUUCCGAAAAAGACAAAAAAUUUGUUUCUCCAAGUAGCAGAAAAUGUAGCUCAUUCCCUUAAUGUUACUUCUUGUUAUAUAUGCGGGGGAACCACUAUCGGAGACCGAUGGCCUUGGGAAGCCCGAGAGUUGGUGCCCAAUGAUCCAGCUCCUGGUAUAAUUCCAGUUCAGAAGGCCCAAGCUAGCAGCUUCUGGGUCUUAAAAACCUCAAUUAUUGGACAAUACUGUAUAGCCAGAGAAGGAAAAGACUUCACCAUCCCUGUAGGAAAGCUUAAUUGUAUAGGACGGAAGUUGCACAACAGCACAACAAAAACAAUUAGUUGGUGGGGCCUAAAUCACACUGAAAAGAACCCAUUCAGUAAAUUUUCUACAUUAAAAACUGCCUGGGCUCAUACAGAAUCUUAUCAGGACUGGAAGGCUCCUGCUAGACUAUACUGGAUAUGUGGGCACAGAGCCUAUAUUCGGUUACAUAAUAAAUGCAUAGGUAGUUGUGUUAUUGGCACUAUUAAACCGUCCUUUUUCUUAUUACCUGUAAAAACGGGUGAGCUCCUAGGUUUCCCUGUCUAUGCCUCCUAAGAAAAGAGAGGCAUAGUUAUAGGAAACUGGAAAGAUAAUGAGUGGCCUCCUGAAAGGAUCAUACAGUAUUAUGGGCUGGCCACAUGGGCACAAGAUGGCUCAUGGGGAUACUGGACCCCCAUUUCCAUGCUCAAUCGGAUCAUACGGUUGCAGGCUGUAUUAGAAAUAAUUACUAAUGAAACUGGCAGAGCUUUGACUGCUUUAGCUCGGCAGGAAACCCAAAUGAGAAAUGCUAACUAUCAGAAUAGACUGGCCUUGGACUACUUGCUGGCAGCUGAAGGAGGAGUCUGUGGAAAAUUUAACUUAACCAAUUGCUGCCUACAAAUAGAUGAUCAAGGACAGGUGGUUGAAAACAUAGUCAGGGACAUGACAAAGUUGGCACAUGUGCCCGUACAGGUUUGGCAUGAGUUUGAUCCUGAGUCUUUAUUUGGAAAAUGGUUUCCAGAUAUAGGAGGAUUUAAAACCCUCGUUGUAGGUGUAUCGCUAGUAAUAGGAACUUGCUUGCUGCUCCCCUGUGUAUUACCCUUGCUUUUUCAAAUAAUAAAAAUUUUGUUGUUACUUUGGUUUAUCAGAAAACUUCAGCACAUGUGUAUUAUAUGAAUCACUAUGGCUCUAUCUCGCAGAGAGACUCAGAAAGUGAAGAUGAGAGUGAGAACUCCCACUGAAAAAGUGAAAAUUCUCAAAGGGGGGAAAUAUAGAAUGAGACCACCACUUCUCCUGCUGUCUUUCCCAGCUUUUCCCCUCUCCCCUUUUCCCUAGUUUAUAAGACAGGAGAAGAGAGAGAAAGCAAAAAGUUGGAAAGAAACAGAAAUAAGAUAAAUAGCUAGACGACCUUGGUACCACCACCUGGCCCUGAUGGUUAAAAUAAUAAUGAUAAUAUCAACCCCUGACCAAAACUACUAGUGUUACCUGUAAAUUCCAGACAUUGUAUGAGAAAGCACUGUAAAACUUUUUGUUCUGUUAGCUGAUGCAUGUAGUCCCUCGUCACGUUUUCCACGCAUGCUUGAUUUAUCAUGACCCAAAAAGGCCACGUAUUUCUUCUUCUGGGAGCUCGGUUCUUAAGACGCGAGUCUGCUGACGCUCCCGGCCGAAUAAAAAACCUCUUCCUUCUUUAA